UUACAUUAUCACAGAAAGAUGAACUCUAAAACUGUCUACGCAUUGUCAUUUUUUGCUUGGGUCUGUCCAGCCUGUAACCUUACAGUAACAAUCAACAUGACCGUGAGCAUUCCUCUGUGUGGUAACAAUAUACAGAAGGUCUACUGUGCCAGCUGGAAUAUUGUAAAACUAUCAUGUGUUUCCAAUGCUGUGAGCAAUGUUGGUGCUACACUGGGGGCCACAAUAACCGUCCUUCCCUUUGGUUUCAUAUUGUUCACUUAUCUGAGAAUUGUGAUUGCUUGUUGGAAAAAGUCAUCAGAGGUCAUGGGGAAAGUACUGCAGAGCUGUCUUCCACAUGUUAUAACUUUUGCAAUUUUUUCUAUUACAUCAUUUAGUGAUGUCACCCUAAACCGACAAAAUCUUGAUGAGAUAAAUCCAUUUGUGGCUGUUAUAUUGUCACUUGAAUUUAUUAUCAUUCCUCCACUACUAAAUCCUCUUGUGUACGGCCUGAAAUUACCAGAAAUUAGAAAACACAUUUUUGAGAUAUUAUUUGCAAAACCCAAAACUAAUAAGAAUU